AUUAACCAAAUCUGCUCGCUCAUUAGACAAACAAGACACAACAAAAAAAAAAUAGAGAUGGCAACUCAAGCCGCCGGGAUCUUCAUCACUACCGCCGCUACCUCCGGCGUCAAGAAACUCCACUUUUUCCCAACAACCCACCGUCCCAGAUCCCUCUCCUUGGCCAAAACCUCGAUCCGCGCCGAGAAGACAGAUUCAUCCGCCGCAGCCCCCGCCGUGAAAGAAGCUCCCGUGGGAUUCACGCCACCGCAGCUAGACCCAAACACGCCGUCUCCGAUCUUCGCUGGAAGCACCGGUGGUCUUCUACGCAAAGCGCAGGUGGAAGAGUUCUACGUUAUUACAUGGAACUCACCGAAAGAACAGAUCUUUGAGAUGCCGACAGGAGGUGCAGCGAUCAUGAGGGAAGGUCCGAAUCUGCUGAAGCUAGCGAGGAAAGAACAGUGUUUAGCUUUGGGGACAAGGCUUAGAUCCAAGUACAAGAUUAACUACCAGUUUUACAGAGUGUUCCCCAACGGUGAGGUUCAGUAUUUGCAUCCUAAAGAUGGUGUUUACCCUGAGAAGGCCAACCCUGGAAGAGAAGGUGUUGGUCAGAACAUGAGAUCUAUUGGUAAAAACGUUAGUCCCAUUGAAGUUAAGUUUACUGGCAAACAAAGUUAUGAUUUGUAAGUUGUCAAAACUCUAAAAAAAAAAAUUAAGACUAUUGUGCAUGUUGUGAUGAUGACUCUGUUUCAUUGUUAAUUUUUAAUCGACCUUUGUUUUAAUAUUUCUUCUUGU